CCGGGAGGCAGGCAGAGAGUCUCUUGCCACAGCUGUGCUCCGCUCUUUGUCGGUUUCUGCUCUCCUGCGCUUUUCUAUCCGGUACAAGGAUACAAAGAGAGGGGCAGACAGCAUGAAAUAGAGACAGAGCGUAAGAGCGGCGGGGGCAGCAGAGGGACACGAAAAACCUAACCGGACUACAGUCUAGUCCGGACACGGAUACUAUUAUCUCCAGACUGGAUACGGAGCUUCGCCGAUGUACGCACUGGAUUUUACCCACCAAAGAGUGUCGAGACCGCGGAGAGAGGGGCGGACUUUAUCGCGCAGGACUGUCAGGGUUUAGGAGGGGAUCAUGGAUAAAACUUUGCACAUUCUCCAGAAAUCCGCAGACGGUGUGCCGACUGGGAUCGCCCUGGAUAUGAGUUUAAAUAUGGACGAGGGGGAGGAUUUCACGGAGCAGCAGAUAGUGGGGCUCCCGGACAAAAUACCUUUGGUGAAACCUCAUUUCAAAAAGAAGCAGAGGAAAUUGGACGCCAAAUGCCUCCACCGCGCCCUGGAGGACCCUAUACUGACCACUUUACUGAGCACGGAUACGCUGGUCUCUGGGGACGGGGUGUUCGUUCCCCGGAACCAGCCGGGCCGGACUGCGGGUACCCUGUGCGCAGCGGCUGUAGUGAAACAGAACUGUAUGGGCCAGGUGUGUCUCAAAGACCCGGGAGCUGCUGACGAUGCCACAGCUGGGGCUGUACCCGGGUUGAUUACCCGGGAUGGUGAUGUGGAAAUAGCCGAUACUACUGCGGAGCUGGAGGAGACUGAGCUGCGAGGGGAGCGACCCAAGAUCAAUGAUCCAACCCCGGGCAGCCGCUGCUUUCAGCCUAAACCUGGCCUCAGGGCGGCCGGGAGCACAGUGACAAUAACGCCACCUGUCAGGGAUAUACCUCCCAUAGUUGCACCCCAGGCUCCUCACCAAGAGGGCGGCAUCAAAAGAAAUGACCUCUUAACCUCUGGGGCUAAAAACCUUCCAGUCAAAGCAUGCACCAGCGUCCAUGACCCCAUUCCCCUCCUUCUGCAGCCUGACAAAGGAGUGCUAUUUCAGGAUAAAAGCGAUGAGGUCUCCCUGGACCUGGUUUUUGAGCUGCUCACCCAGCUCCAGUAUCACACGCACCAGUCAGACUCAGUAGAAAUUUGUGUGGAUUUCCUCCAAGGGCAGUGUGUUUAUGGCAAUGACUGUGCCCACCACCACACUGUCCUGCCCUACUACUGGCAGAUCCGCAGGAGCAGCAGUCAGACGUGGCAGAGCAUAGCAGACGACUCUCAGGAACAGCUGGAGAGACUGUACUGCAACCCAGACAAUGAGCAAGUCAGGCUCAAGUUUCAGGGUAGAGUGUUUACCCUAGACUUUGGGGCGAUGCAAGUGUGUGACCUGGAGUUUGACCGUGUCCGACGACUGACCACUCCCGCCAGCCCUCUACCCACUCCCACAACGAACUCAAACCCCACCCCAAGCUGUCACACAGUGUGGAAGUACUACUGCAGAGACAACUUUGGCUGGCGGGAAUACUCUGAGCCGGUGGUGAAGCUCAUAGAGGAGGCGAGUUUGAGGGGUCUUAAGGAGGUGCGAUUCAUUACGCUCCAGAACCAGUAUAUCCUCAACAUCAGGGAGGGCUUCCAGCAGAACGCUGUCUUUGGGUUCAGGCGUCAGAUCAAGAAGCGGCCCAUGUUCAUGUCCUCCGUGAUGCUUACACCCCUCCUACAGACUUUGGGCGGCCUCUCUUCAUCUCCCCUCCCCUGUUCCUCCUCCAUCUCCUCAUCCAUGGAUCUCUCCACAUCGCAUCCCCUCUCUCCAACGACCACCAACCCACCCAGCCUUUUCCCGGAGACAUGGCUACCCAUGACAAUGAGCCAGGACUUCCUGCAGGUGCCAGUCUCACGUGAGGACCGCAGCUUCCGGACAGUGUACAGCCUUUUCCACAAGACGGUGUCGGAGACCAAGUUCAGGAUCAUCAAGAUCAUGCGUGUGCAGAACCCCUUCCUCUGGGAGAAGUACAAGAGGAAGAAGGAGUACAUGUCGCGGCGGAUGUCAGAGAUGGACCGGCUGCUGAGUGAGCGCCACCUCUUCCACGGCACCUCGGCCGACGUGGUGGAGGGCAUCUGCAAGCACAACUUUGACCCCCGAGUCUGCGGAAAACACGCCACCAUGUUCGGCCAGGGCUCCUACUUUGCCCGCAAGGCUGUCUACUCCCACAACUUCUCCAAGCGCUCGCCCAAAGGAGUCCACUGCAUGUUCCUGGCCAAAGUCCUCACUGGCAGGUUUACUGUAGGAAAUCCCUCCAUGCGUCGACCUCCACCCAUCAACCCUCGUGACCCCUCCAGUGACCUUUUUGACUCCUGUGUGGACAACUGGGUGGACCCCCAGAUCUAUGUCAUUUUCAACGAUGACCAGAGCUACCCUUACUUUAUCAUUCAGUACGAGGAGGUACCCAGUACCGUUGCCGUCUAAGCCCUGGAUCAGAUCUGGGUCUGUCUGUGUUUGCAAAUACUUACUCAUAGUUUGUUUUAGUCCAUUGCUGUGCCAGAUGGGCGGAGUUUGCCUCUGAAGGUGAAAAGGAACAAUUCAGACCAAUAACAAGCUGACAUUUUCUUUUUGAUCACUGUUGCUUUAACCAACUUUGUUAGACAAAGCUUCGCCCAUCUGCUGCUCUAAACAGGUUAAAACAGGCUAAGACGUGUUUGCAAAUACUCAAUGAUUUAGGAACAGACUGAUCCAAACCGGAUUAAACUGGACAAAACUGGACGAGCAAAGUACGACAUCUGUGUAUGAUCCAUUGUUCAAAGAUGGAUGACAACUGACAACAGCUCCGACCACAAAAGACUUGACUAGACUCAUAUACCACACUUUGUUAUCUAGUGGGAACAGGAGCCUAGUGAUGAUCAUCGGACACAAAAGGAUUUUAUCUACCUUAUUGAUCUGGAGCAGAUGCAGGAAAACCAAACCUAGUCCUCUUAUCAUUUUUACUUAGUCGUAUGGCUGUAUAUGAACUCCACAUCAGGACAAAUGCUGUAGUAGGCAGUUAGCGUCCUGCCAGUACUGUGAAUGACCAACUGGUCGUAUUAUUGUGAGGAAGCAGUAACCAACCAAUCAAACGCUUCCAUAGAGAUACCAUGGCGACACUGACCCCUGUCAUUCUGUUACAAAAAUCAUAGUGAGUGUCUACCCAGCCUCCGGCCCAUAUGUUUUUUUUGUUUUUUAUUUCAAGUCUAUGUGCUGCGUGUUUGAAUCUUUUAAUUUAGUGGACAUGAAUCUUGUGGCCUCCUCAAACAGACAAUGGACAUGGGUUUCAGUGGGACUUUUACAAAUGGACAUACAUACUGUUUACCUCCAGGCAGAGGUUCCACAUGAAGCCAGUGCUGUUCCCGGUUGCCGUUUUUGCCUUCGCGCCCACCGCUUUAGUUCCUCACGGGGGAUUGAAGAGUGUACAAUUUCACGCUGAGACUCGAUGCUGCUGCAGCGGUGGCGGCACAGUAGCAUUUUGUCAACAAACCCCCUGAAACUCAUCUCUCUUGGACCGCUCUCUCACUCAGAGACAGUAGAUAUGUUUUAUUGAGACAUACUGUACAGGCGUUCUCUUUGUUUAUAUUUGAACUGUGUGCCUUUUGUUCAUAAAAAUUUUAUUUAUGUUAGUUUAAUGUAACAUUGAUUAAAUAAAGAAUCUAAAACAGAAAAAAA